GUUGGAUUGAGUUGAGGUUAUGUUAAAUUAGAUAUCGGCACUUAUUUCACACAUUGUAUAAAACAAAUUAAACCAAAUCAUGGGGAAGAAUAAGAAAGAUAAGAAAAAGGGAAAAGGGGCCGAGAAAACAACAGCAAAAACAGAAAAGAAACUGACAAACAAAAUGAAGAAAGAACUGCAAGCUAAGGGAGAGGAUGAUAUAGAAUCUAUUUUAUUACAAAUUGAGAAGGAAGAGAAGAAAAGGUUGACUGUUACUGAAGCUAUAAUCAGUCCACCUUCAAGAAGAUUAAAUUUCACCUUUGUGGCCCAUCCAGAAAAAGAACAGCUUAUAUUGUAUGGAGGAGAAUUUUUCAAUGGACAAAAGACUUUCGUGUAUGGUGACUUAUUUUUCUACAAUAUACCCAAUAACAAAUGGACGGUAGUUAAGGCUCCUAAUGGUCCUCCUCCUAGAUGUGGACAUCAAAUGGUAGUUUCUUCAGCAAAUAAAGGUCAAUUAUGGGUGUUUGGAGGAGAGUUUACUACACCCACACAAUCACAAUUUUAUCACUACAGAGAUCUUUGGGUCUUCCAUUUAGCUACUAAACAGUGGGAAAAAAUUACUGCUCCGAAUGGACCAUCUGCGAGAAGCGGCCACAGAAUGGUAUUAAUAAAGAAGCAACUAUUUGUUUUUGGAGGUUUUCAUGACAAUUUAAGGGAUUGUAAAUACUUUAACGAUAUAUACAGUUUUGAUACCGAAACGUACAAAUGGACCAAAAUCGAACCUUUAGGCACUUCCCCACAACCUAGAUCGGGUUGCUGUAUGAUUGGACUCAACGACGGAAAAAUACUUAUAUAUGGUGGUUACAGUAAAGAAAAGUUAAAGAAAGAUUUAGAAAAAGGACAUGUAUACAGUGAUGCGUUCUUAUUGACACCAAAAAAAAACGAUACAGCUGCUGGUACAGUGUAUAAAUGGUCUCAGAUAAAGAUUGGAGGAUUCUCGUUUUCUCCGAGGUGUGGUAUGCCAAUUAUAUCCACAGCAAACAAUUUAUCUGCCUAUUCAUUUGGGGGCGUAUUUGAUGUAGAAGACGACGAAGAAGAUCUGUGUGGUAAUUUUUACAACGAAUUUCUUCAACUUGAGUUAGAAAAAUUAACUUGGAGGAAUGUUAGCUUGAGUGGAAAAAGGGACAGAUCUGCUAAGUCUAAACAAGACAAAGAGAAUAUGGAUGAAGAUGUUGCAGAAGAAAAGGAGGUGGAAGAUAUUAAACAAAAAGUAGAAACAACGACUAUUUCAGAUGAUGGCAUUUUUAAAGUCACAGUAGGCGGAGCGCCAAGCACUUCAGAAGGAGAAGUGAUCAGUUCAAAACAGAGUCCUUCAUACUUUAGCCCAUCUCCUAGAAUGAAUUGUGGUUUAGCCAUUAAACACGGUGUUUUGUAUCUAUAUGGUGGAAUGCACGAGGAGGGUUCUAAGCAAGUUACCUUUAGCGAUUUUUAUUCGUUAGAUUUGAAAAAACUAGACGAAUGGAAAACUAUUAUCGCAGAUGAUACGUCUAGUUUGGAGUGGCUAGAAUCUGACUCGGAGGAUGAAGAUGUUAGUGAUGAUAAUGACGAUGAGGAGGAGGAUGUCGACGAAGAUGAAGACUCAGAUGAUUCAGAAAUGGAAGUGGAAUGACAGUGUUAUUGAAAAGAAAAAUAUUUUGUUAUAAGUUGCCUGUUGUUACAUUUUUUAAUAAAAUUUAUAACACUUC